AUCGCGCGUUCCAAAUUCGAAUUUAUUUUUUUAAUUUUAAAUUCCGUGUGUGUUUGUGGACAGUGUUACGUAUUUUUUUUUUGUUACAAAUUGUGAAAUGGAGUCCGAGUUGGAAUCGCAGAUUAAAAAAAAAGCCCCAAAACCAUUUUCAAUAGAAUCUAUUAUCGGCGACAGAAAGUCUCCCGAAAUAGACAUAGAGAACAACAUUUCGGAGAGUUCUAGACUUUCCGAGGAGGAAGAAAAUGAACGAUCAGAGGGAUUCAAUAGGAUGCGAUGUUAUUUGAAUGCACCAUUUUUGCAACAAAAUGUGAAUUUUCCUUUUUUAUUGGGCUAUCCCGAGCCGUGGUUGUCGAGGGUUUUCGGUGCUGUUCCGACACAGAUAGCGCAGGAGAAUAGAGAAGAAGAGAAGAGGGAGAGUCCUGUUAGUGUUGGGAGUGAGCUGGAGAGUGAUGGUGCGGAAGACAAUGCACAGGGUAACGAGUCGGAGCCAGACCAAGAAGACGGAGCAGACACUCCCAGAGAGAACAAGUCAAGAAGAAGACGUACAGCAUUCACAUCGGAACAACUGCUUGAAUUGGAGAGGGAGUUCCACGCUAAAAAGUACCUCAGCCUCACAGAGCGAUCUCAAAUAGCCUCCGCCCUCAAAUUGAGCGAAGUACAGGUUAAAAUAUGGUUCCAAAAUCGCAGAGCGAAAUGGAAACGUGUGAAAGCGGGACUGGCUUCCGGAAGUCAUUCAAGUGGGAAGAACACCGGCACCAAAAUCGUCGUACCAAUACCCGUUCACGUCAACCGAUUCGCAGUCAGAACACAACACCACCAAAUGGAAAAACAAAAUCUACAAUACCGACUUGAUAGAACACAACCCUUACCCGGUAGUCUGUUACAGUCCCAGACAUCAGCAUUCCUCUCCGCCUCGAAAACCGAUAAUCGACAAGAACCUGUAAAUCUUAAUCCGCUCAGUCGCAGCAGUAUUUACGACGCGUCGAGGUUAAUGUCACCGGCAGUCAAUUUGAGACAUUAUGCGAACCAAAAUAUUCAAAAUGCGAGGCACAGUUAGUUUUAAAGUAGUUGUAAGUAUGUAAGUAUUUAAGUAAU